AUGUCUGUAGCGGCACAAACACACACGACGCCCGCAGGGAUCAGGGCCUACUACCAAGCGAAGAUCGAGGCCGCCGAGAUCACCAUCAACCAAAAGACGCAGAACCUGCGGCGGUUAGAAGCUCAACGGAAUGCCUUGAACGCGAGAGUGCGAUUGUUGCGGGAGGAGCUGCAGCUGCUCCAUGAACCGGGGAGUUACGUCGGGGAGGUGGUGAAGGUUAUGGGCAAGAACAAGGUGCUCGUGAAGGUGCAACCCGAAGGCAAAUACACUGAACAGCGGUCGCCCGUAGUCGUCGACAUCGACUCCGAGAUCGACCAGGCGACGCUGACGCCGACCCUGCGCGUCGCGCUCCGGUCCGACUCGUACACGCUGCACAAAGUCCUUCCGAACAAGGUGGACCCGCUCGUGUCGCUGAUGAUGGUCGAGAAGGUGCCGGACAGCACGUACGAGAUGGUCGGCGGGCUCGACAAGCAGAUCAAGGAGAUCAAGGAGGUCAUCGAGCUCCCCGUCAAGCACCCGGAGCUGUUCGAGGCGCUCGGUAUCGCGCAGCCCAAAGGCGUGCUGCUGUACGGCCCGCCCGGGACGGGCAAGACCCUCCUCGCGCGUGCGGUCGCGCACCACACCGACUGCCGCUUCAUCCGCGUGUCCGGCUCGGAGCUCGUGCAGAAGUAUAUCGGAGAGGGAAGCCGGAUGGUCCGCGAGCUGUUCGUGAUGGCGCGCGAGCACGCGCCGAGUAUCAUCUUCAUGGACGAGAUCGACUCGAUCGGCAGUUCGAGAGGGGACGGCGGGUCGAGCAGCGGCGACUCGGAGGUGCAGCGGACGAUGCUCGAGCUGCUGAACCAGCUUGACGGGUUCGAGCCGUCGAAGAACAUCAAGGUCAUCAUGGCCACCAACCGGAUAGACAUCCUGGACUCUGCACUCCUCCGACCAGGUCGUAUCGACCGAAAGAUCGAGUUCCCGCCACCAGGCCCCGAAGCCCGCGUGGCUAUCCUGCGCAUCCAUUCACGGAAGAUGUCAUUACAACGCGGAAUCGACCUGCGAUCUUUGGCGGAGAAGAUGGGCCAAUGUUCCGGUGCGGAAGUCCGCGGUAUAUGCACGGAGGCCGGCAUGUACGCCCUUCGAGAACGGAGACAGCACGUCACGCAGGAGGACUUCGAGUUCGCCAUCGCCAAGGUUCUCAAGAAGAACCAGGACAGCAAUACGUCCGUCAACAAGCUCUUCUCAUGA